AUGUCUGAACAAGGAAAGCAGACAGAUUGUUGUUGUCGAGUUGAUGAUGAUGGUUGUGGUAGCAGCAUUGGUGGAGAUGAUAAUAUUAUGGACAAUGUUCAGGCUACAACAAUUAAUAUUAAUAAUAUAAUAUUGGAGUGUGCUUCGGGUUCAACAUCAACACCCACAAGUUGUAAUAUAUUGCAUGCUAUUCAACAACAACAACAACAAGAUUUGGUUUCAUCCUUAUCAUCAUCAUCAUAUGGAAGAACAAACAUUCUCAUAGAAGUACAACAAGAAGAGGAACAACAGAAUCCUCUAACUUCAUCAUCACCCACAGGAAGCGACUUGAUGUUUGGUUUUUCAGUGGAACCUCUUUCUUCUUCAACACCCAUCCAAUCAGGAAUGGUCGAUGUUUACACGAGGAGGAGAAAUGUUUCAUCACCUCUAACUAUUCAAAGCAGUCGAGAUGAACCAACAACACCCAACACUAACAAAUUCAAUAAUAAUAGUAAUAAUAAUCAAAGUAUGAAUGGACAACAAGAAAUAAUGUUUAGAGUGGGUUCGCCACAAUCCCCAGUCUCUGUGGGACCUCUCUUGAUUGAGAAGGUAGCAUCUCCUUCUUUGUUUGCUCCUUCGACAUUGACACCGAGAAGUAAUCCAAGCUCUGAUGAGACUUCUGACUUUACAAAACGACUAAUAUCGAAAUAUAAGGAUGAAGUUGGAGAGCUAACCUUUUUCAUUAAUGGAAUGCUCGAUGUAUUGGAUCUAAAUCAAAAGAAAUUGGAAAAGGACAACAAAUCAAUCAAAAAGCUGUUGGAAAGGGCUUCUAUUGAGGAACAUAAGAAUAGAAGCGUAAUGAAUUCUGUACCAGAGCUUGUAGCUUUCAUAGACGCUUGUGACGGUUCAAUCAUAUCUGCCAAUACCUCCUUCGAGUCUAAAAUAGCCAGAAAAGCAAAGAAUUCCUCUCAAAUCUAUAAUAUAGUCCAAUACUUACAAGAAAAGCUACCCUUUAAGGAUUUACUACAAAAAUUUGAUGAAUUAUUAAUUUCUGAGACAAGAUGGGAGACUAAUUUGCUCUCUUCACUGAGUACACCUGUGCCAGUCUCUAUCAACAUUACCAAGUCAAAAGUUUCAAAUUCUUGUGGUAAACCAGUCGAUACCUACGUUCUAGUCAUGAAAAUAACGGAGCAAAAAAAGGAUAUUAGAACUGCCCUAACCAGAAGAAGAACUGUUGAUGAGGCGAGAAACAUUGAAGAGUUUGAAAACAUGUUCAAUAAUCCAACUCUCCUUUCAUUAUUUAGAAUCUUCUUGGAGAAGGAAAAAAGUGCAGAGAAUUUAGCAUUCUUGGAAGAAGUUCGAGCAUACAAGUCAACCAGUACAACCAUAGACAGAGGAAAGAAACAACAGGAAAUAAUCAGCAAGUAUCUCGAAAAAUCUUCAAACACCUUCCUUAAUAUAUCCCAUGCAGUCUACGAAACAGAAGAAUCUAUUGGAAAGAAGAAGAAGAAUCAAAGUGUUGGUUCCAAGCGAUUAUAUUGUCUAGUAGAGUUGUUCGCUUCGUUGCCCCAUCAACAACAACAACAACAACAACAAGACAAUCCUUGUGAACAACACGAAGUACCAUUGAGUAAACCUAUUAAAAUUUCCAUAUGUCCAACACUUGUGUCCACUAAUAAUGAUGAUUGUGCCUCUUCACCUUCCUCAUUUGCUGGCAAUUAUGAUGAAAUGAAGAUUCUUUCCUUAACUAUAGAUUCAACUUUAACUUUCAAUUUGAAUCAUGUUCAUAAUUGUCAAAACCUUUCAAUAAGAGUUUCAAUUAUGGAAUCCAAAUUCUUCUCCAAGGAUUCCCUCUUAGGUUGUGGACAGAUUCAAGUUCCAAAUACUAUUACACCAAAUAUGGAAACAGUACUAUCCACCACAUUGAGAAGAAAGGAUAAACUGGCUGGAACACUUUAUUCUGCCUUGACACUUUUGAGACGAUGUGUGAGUGGCUCAUUUCCAAUGGUUUCUCCAUACAAAUCCAGAAUGAACACGAUGGACACAAGAUGCAAAACCAUGAAUAGUUCCAACUCUCAUUUUCAAUCCUUAGUCAACUCUUCAUUGUCCAUAAUUUCCAAUACAGCAGCAACAACCAAUCCUUAUUCAAUGGUUGAAAUUGUGGAUGAAGAAAGUGGAAUAAUCUUCAACAUUUCAGAAAAUUAUGAGAAAUGCGUUCAGGAAUUUGUACAAUCGAAUCAAUUUUGUGAAACAAUCUCAACAUUUCUAUUCAAGAAUAUUCAAUUGAAGGAUAGAAGGGGAAAUUUCAUAGAUACUGAACUGGAUCAAAUCAAGUUACAAUUAUUUGCUGAUUGUGAGCAGUCUUUGGAGCUUUCGAAUAGAAAUUUGAUUCAUAAAAUGAUUCAUCAGGAUCAAAUUGGAGCAUUCCUGAAUUUUGAGAGUGCAGAAACGAUGAAUUCUGUUGGGGUUCAACAAAUUCCAAAUUUUGUGGAAAAUUUCAGAGAUAGAAAGGUGGAGAAACUGCAAGAUUCGCAAGCGCUUUCGAAUGAGUGGAUAUUUUACAACCAAAGUUUGAAUCGAAGGGUAAAGGUGGAGGUUUUGGUUCUAUGCAUGGAAGAGGUGAAUUCUUUAGUAGCGUUGGAACAUAGAACGACUCUAGACGAAACCAGCUGCACUUAUUCGAAAGCUUCUCAACAUUCCAUUAUUGAAGAAAUUGCUUCAUCAAUCCAUCUGUUAGGCUCUCAACGCAAAAGAUCAACAAUUGACAAUUCUCAUUUGCUUGGUUUUCAACAAGACCUAGAAUAA